GCUGGAGGGUCGAGGGCGUGUCUUGACAUCCGAGUGGCAGGCACUCAUGGAUCAAAACAAUCGUCUCAUUCAUGAACGUCGUCAGGCGGAGGAGGAACAGGCGAGGGUGGAAGAUCAUGUGCAGGAACUUCGCCGUGUUGUGCAGCGCAAGAUUGAAGAGGACCGUAGAGUGGAGCAGAGCCUGAAGGAGUUGGAUAGGCAUCUUGACAUGCAGGCAAGGGAGCUGGCAAUGAAAUAUCGAUCGGAUCACGAUAUUAUUGUGCGACAAUUUACGGAGCUUCGUGGAACGAUACGACGAACGAUAAAACCGCCACGAUCGCAUUCAACAGCAGCAACGACGUUUGGUUCCGCGAGUCAUCGAACUUUGUAA